AUGGAUAUAGACGAAGUUGAUUUGAUUCCGGCAAAUAGCCGAUUUUCAAAAAGAAAUGGCCGCAGGUUUGCUUUUCUUUUAUUUUUUUUUGUUGAUUAAGAGUUAGUGAUAAAAAAUAAGAUGAAGAAACUCCAAGUGCAUAUCUUUUUUGUUGUAUAUAAUGUGUGGUAUUACACAAAAAAACUGCACUGAAUGAGAAUGAAAAAUUGAUUUCGUCGAAAAAUAAAUAAAUCAAAAAACGUUUUUUUGCAGUCUCAAAAUCCAACGACUCGCCGAUUGUCAACAUUUUCAUUAUCCGUCUGUUGAACUUGGAGAAAUUAAAGUGACACUUUUGAAGUUUAUCAAAACCGAAAAUGACAAUGAAAAAAUUACAAUUUCCGUUCAAAGCGAUUCAUCAUCAUGGUUGGUUUUUUGGUGAACCAGAAAAAAAACAUAGGAAAAUGUGUUCUUUUGGGAAUAUCAAGAUGUUUCAGGAUUGUUGAACGUUCUCGUGAGGAUUGGGCUGUUUUUGAUCGACAACUACAUCGUUGUGUUUUUGAAAGGCGGCAUUCGAAAUUAGAAGAAUUGUUUCCACUUAUUCAUCAGGACCAGCAACAAUUCCAGGUUUCUUCAAAAUUAAAAAAAAAACACUUUGAAUACAUUUAUAAUUUAUUCAGGAAAUCCUAAUUAAUUAUACAUUGCGAUUUUCUGAAUUAGCUGGAAGUAUUAUAACGUGCUACCCUGUGCUCAAGUUUCUAGAGGUUUGUUUGUUUUAGCGCCUGAAAAAUUUUGUGUUUGUUUAUUUUUCAGCGACUGAGAAAUGUGUUUUCUUGUUUUGUUUUCAAAUUGUUUCCCUUAUCCCCCUUAUCAAAUAAGAAAAUAAAAUAAAACCAGAAGAUUUGAUUGAUCUGCUUUUAUUUUUUUUUUCAUAUUUUUCAACGAAUAUUAAAAGAUGAAUAUUUAGAUUGAUUGUCGAGGUGGACAUUUUGAACCAGCUGAAGAGACAUCGAUAAAUGUUCCAGCGAUUGCAGCGGCAGUGGUGACAAAUGAUUUUGAACCGAGUCAUUGUUCGCAUUUGAGAUUGAGGGUAGGUUUUUGAAUGAAGUUUUCAGUAUUUUAUGUAUUUUCUCCAAAAAAGGUUUUGCAGCCAUAUAUAGUAGCGUUCAAUUUUUACCAUAACAAAUACAGCAUCUGGAAUUCCAGGUCGAAAAAAAGUUUAUCGUUUUCUCAGAUAUCUGAUACAAAGAUUUUCUAUUUGAUUUCAUCAUGUGACCUUUGAUAAAAAUAUAUAUUAAAACAUUAUUCAUUGAGAAACAGGAAGAAUAUUUCGGAUGAGAAACGGUUUCAAAAUCAAAAAUUAAUUCGAAAAUUAAUUCACAUUCAGAAUUUCUUUAUUUUUUUCUAAAGGAUUUGAAAAAAAAUCUAUAAUAAAUUUGCAGGAUAAAUUUCAAUGUUUUUUCAUUUUUUUAAUGUAUCUAUUAAAUACGAACUUCACUCUCACGAUGUUCUAUUCGUUUUAAUUAUGUUUGAUAUCUAAAUGUAAGAUUAGAAAAGUGUAUUUGUUGCAAAUCAGGAUAUCCUGAAAAUAUGAAAAUUAAAAUCUAGAAUUAGUUUUAAGCAGGCAUUAAUCUAGAAUUAGUUUUAAGCAGACCAUUAGCAUGCUUCGAUUUCUGAAAUCUUAUGAAACUGAUCCAACAAUUUUUCCAAAUUUUCUCUUUUAUAAUUAUAAUACUGAAGUGUUGUUAAGAAACAAUAAAUAAGAAUCCAUUUAAGCGACACAAUUUCUAUAAUUAUGACAAUUUCUUUGAGUUUCCGAAUGUAUUCUCAAGAAAUUAUAUUGUCUACUUUUCUUGCAAAACAUUUUUUUCAGGUUGGCGAUAUUGUUUCAAUUACUGAAAUGACAUCCAACAAUCAAGACGAAAAAUCAUUUUGGAAAGCAAAACUCACAAUAUCGAACCAAAAAUGCGUUGAUCCACAAAAUCCUCGACUUGGUUUUGAGGUAAAUUUUCCCUCAUAAAUCUCUUACCAAAUUUUGAUCGAAAAAAUUCAGAUUGGUUAUUUCCCUAGCGAUUGUGUCAUGUUAAUUGAUGAUAAACGGUUACCGAAUCCUUCGAACUCUGAAAGAAAACAAGUGUCUCGAAAUGCCAGAAAAUAUAUGGCAACAAUGUUUCGAAAUCGUAGAAGAGAUCCAAUUUUUGGACUCGAAUUGAAUGAAAUUUUCUUGAGAAACGGACGAAAAGGUAGAUUUGGAUUUUUGGACUCAUUUUAUAUUGAAAUAUAAUAUUUUUUCAGUGCCAAACAUUGUUCAAAAAUGUUGUGCCGCCAUUGAGGAUCAGGGUAUUGUCACGGGUAUUUAUAGACAAUGUGGAAUUCAAUCCAAUAUUCAGCGACUCAGGUUUGAUUUUGAAUUUUUGUUUGGAACAUUUUUUUUCAAAAAAAUGAUUUCAGAGCAAAGUUUGACAGUGGUGCUGAACCGGAUCUUCAGGAGUUUGGACAAAGAGAUAUUUAUUCGGUAUCAUCACUGCUGAAGCAAUACUUCAGACAACUUCCAAAUCCACUGUUUACUUAUCAAGUUUAUUCGCGACUUUUGGUAAGUCCUGACGUAUGAUGCAUUUCAAAGUUGGAACAAGGUUUUCGAUUUCUCAAUGUGAUUUCAUUUCCAGAGAGAACAAUUAUUAGUGAAAAAAUGUAAUAAUAAAUAAACCAGAUUCCCUGGAAUAUUAAAUGAACCAGAUUCAAAAAUAAUGCAUCAUGUUCUUUAUUUCCAAAAUUCUCACAAGAAAAUCAAAUAUUCACGUAAAAUUAUGCCUCAAAGAUCCAAAAAAAAGACAAAAAUGUUUUUUUUUUCAGGAAGCAUUUGAGAACAGUGAAGCUAACUCGAUCAAAAUUGAGAAUUUGAAAAAUGUAGUAGAAUCAAUGCCAGAAGCUCAUUACAAAACCGCAAAAUUCCUAAUGGAACAUUUAUCUCGAUUAUGUCAAUCGAAAUCCUUAACUGAUAUGACAUCGAAAAAUCUAGCAAUUGUUUGGUCCCCCAACUUAUUCCGUCCUCCACCAACGUUAAGUGGAGUUGAUGUUCAUCUUCUCAGCGGACUCAAUGUUCAUACAGCCAUCUGCGAUUUCUUUAUUGAAAAUUCUAACGAGAUAUUUUACAAUCAUGUAAAUGGAAAUGAAAUUGAAGAAUUGGAAGAGGAAGAUGUCAGUAAAUCAACAAAUAAUGGAUUUACUGUAAUUUCAAAAUCUGCAACAAUGUCAGAUAUGAGAUCAGAAUCAGACUCGAGGUGGCCUAGGUUCUUUCGAGGAAAAUCAGUUGAAGGAUUCUGGAAAUUCAACAAAAAGCAUCAGAGUUCUACUGGAGAAUUAUGUACAUCACCAACUUCUGAAGUUAGAUGGAGAAGAAAUGCGAGAUCACAUUCAACUGACGCAACAUUCCAAUCAUCUCGAACAGAUUCCUUUAUUCAAUUGAUGCAUAAUGGAAUGGAUCAAAUUAGAGAAGGAAUGCGGAUAUUCCGACAAAGAGCUCGAAGCAUGAGACCAACAUCUAGACCUCCACCAUCGCCAAGAGCACGGAGAGCGCGAUUUUCUAAUGGGAUUUAUGAAGAGCACAAACAGGUAUCUUUUGUUUAGUGAAGUUUUUGCAAAAAUAAAAACAAACAUUUUAGGACUUGAGCAGCACACCUUCUCCAAAUGUGAUUCCAAACCAAAAUCAAAAUCUUACAACAUCUUCAAUGAUAACCAAUACAACUAGUAUUAGUGAAUUGGAUGAUGGAAUUUUGGAUAGUAACACUUUACGAGAGCGGAAGGUUAUGUUCAAAGCGGCUACUCAAGGUGAGCAGUGUUUUUAAUUUUGAAUUAUGUUUUUUUUCUUGUCGAGUGUGAACUAGUACUUGGACGUCAAAUAGAUUAUAGAAUCAUGUAUUCAUUUUCAAAGAUCGGAAAAUUUUUUUUCAAGUUUCCAAAAUAGCUUCGUUAAAAAUCGAAGCCAAAAAAUGUUGUUUGGAUUUUGGAGAAUUGUGAAAUUUUAGGAAAAAAGUCAAGAAAUAUAGGCUCUGAAGAAAAUAGCCAAACUAAAUUUAUUGAAUCACAAAUUGAAGAGCAAAGCUUCAAAAAUAGUCGUUUAAUUCGAACUUACAAAAUUAAAAAAAAAGUGACACUUUGGUUCUAAACUUUAUUUUCAAAAUUUACUUUUUGUUUCAAUCAGAAAGUUCGUUCAGAAAUUCACAAAAUAUUUUCUAGAACACGCGGCACCAAUUCACGAACGCUCAAGUCCUGUCGAAGAAUGGUCAAGCGAUUCAAGAGAAUCUAUUCACCUCGAAAUGUCAAGAUAUGACAAUGUUUCACCAAGCGGAACAAUCACAAGAAGUAAGACUCUCUCCUCCUCCUCCAAAACAUUUUCAGACAAACAAACAACCUGAACAUUUUUUUUUCAGACAAUCGCGAAACAACGGCACCAUUUUUCUUCGACUCUACUCGUGCUAACCAAUUGUUUUUAGCAUAA